UAUGUAGCAUAUGUAAUAUGUAGUAUGCAGCUGGCCCUUUUCUUGGGUUGCAGAGCCUUGUGCCACCCACCAAACGUAGAUCCUACCUCAAUAUAUGUCGAGUCCUCUCCCCCAUAUGCCCAGAUGCUGGUUCCCUUCUGCUUGUUCUAAAUUUCCUUACGUCUGCCUCCGCACAAAAUGCUAUCCAGAUCCGGCGUUAGCAUUCGGAGGCUCAUAUCUCCAAGAAGAGGCCAAGAUGAGUUCGAGGAUGGGGUUUCGGUUGAGGCCGACAGGAUGGAUCAAAGGACGGCGUGGAAAGAACGCAGCAGUACGAUACCUAAGAGGCGGACAACCUAUAGUAAAAGACGGGCGCCGCCACCGAUUAUAGUUAGUAGGGAACAAAGCAUUCAUGAUAUACUAGACCCCCUACCACCGUUACCGCCGUACGAUACGCCUCCGCGGUCCAGGUCUAGUUCCUUGAAUAGUUGUGACCGCCACAACGACUCUUUUUUAUCACAAUCAAUCGACUCAAAGAGGUCCAAGUCGCCCCUUUGUUAUAUAAUGUCAAAGGAAGAAAACGUGACAGGCUACGGAGCCGACGGCUACUUACCGCCGCCUCCUCCUAAAGACUAUGCCGAGUCGCCAGAUUCUUUCAGACUUAAGGCCGAACAAUCGACGACGAGCUUGGAUUACAUAGAAACUUUAUCCCUACGACCGGAAAGCAGGACUUCGACGUUGCAUCAACCAUUACGACGUUCGGACUCGUUUUCAAGCAUCUCCGAAAACAUUCAGCAACUUAUACAAGAGGCAGAUGACGCAUUCCGAGCGGUCGGCAACGCUCUCGCUGAAGUGCAAGUCACGAACAACUCGACAAAAGCGUUGCCCUCGCUUCCCACGCCUGAACCGUCGCCUGUACUCAAGCCAGCACCCUUGGCUAGUCAGCCACGAGUAGAGAGUCCGCAACCUCAGCGAGCCGCUCCGAAACCCGUCGCUUCUCCUAAGGCGGCUGAUUCUCCUAAAUCCGCUGCUACCCCUAUCUACUCUCCCCGACGAAAUCCGUCUUUGAACAGCGGGGUAAAGAGGAAGAAGUCGAAGCAGUCGAAGAAGGCAAAGUCUAUGAAGCCGAACCGGAAGCCUGCCGGGGCCAAGUCCACGGCGAAGAGCGGGCCAAUAUGGAACUUCUCGGAUAACAUGACUGAUCUGUUUAGCGGAAAGCUCUUUCAGAAAAUCGAGGUGGACGAAAUGCUCACGCCGGACCAGCUGGAGGAAUACCGACUACGAAGAAUGUCGAUAAUGAAGUCAGAGAAAUCGGCUAAACCGACACAAUCCACUCAAUCUCUACAAUCUAAUGAGUCCACCCAAUCUACACAAUCUACACAAUCUACACAAUCUACACAAUCUACACCAUCCAUUCAAUCCAUUCAAUCCACUCAAUCUACUGAAUCGACCCAGCCUAUCCCUAUCCUAUCUGUGAAGUCGAUCGAAACGUUUGACACCGAGUCGACCGAUACGCCGAUCGAGCCCUUUCAUCUCGAGGAUCUUUCGUCCCGAAUUGGAUCGGCUGGUGUCUCGCUCGACCUUGAUACGCCAACGGAAGAUAAACCCAUGCCUGCACCAUUUAACUCGGCCGCAUGGCGGGAUAUCUCCGCAGAUGGGCGAAAUGAGCACGACGUCGUCGAGCUUCCGAUAUCGACAUCGGCGUCGGCGUCGGUAUCACAGGUGGAUAUAGGAGAAGAACCGGCACAUAAUAAAAAAGCCACUUUCCAAACACCACUGAUGAGACAAGCUGCACGGUUUGCUGCGCGGAGCCAGAAGAUUUCGCUGCCCAGCAUCCCAGAGACAUCAGCUAUCUCGACACCUAAAACGGAACUGUUCAUCAGCCAUGAUCUCAGAUAUUCCACCAGAGAUGUGGUCGCAGAUUCCAACUACGUUUUCCUUCAAUCAUCGCCGUGUUCCAUGACCAGCCCUAUCUUCCGACACGGCCCGAUCCGAUUAGCCAAGUCCGAUCUGAUGGCAGAUGUUAAAAUAGGGGCGGAUGACGGCCUAGACUGGACGGCAUUCCAGAUGGCCAUUUCGGGGGGCGCCGGGGACUGGUUCUCCGAAAGCGAUGACACGAUUCGCCGCAGGGAGGCGGAAGAAGCGGACGAGAUUGUGGAAUGGUUUCGAACGUGGAACUUUAGCGGCCCCGGAGAGCUUCUAGACCACCCUAUCGAAGCCGACAGCCCGAUGAGCAUGACGUCGGGCGAAGACGACUCGGAAGCAUCGUACAACGAGACGGAGAAGGAAGCCAUCUCGUACGGCCAGCAUUACGACUGGCAGGCGCCCGAGCAGAAGAUGGUGCCUGAAAUCCACCAGCCCGACUACGAUAUAUCGGGACUCGAGCUGGAUACUUCGAGGAUGGGUAUGGACGAUAACGUCUUCGGACCGCCCAAGGAACACAAUAGCCGAGAGAGCUAUGCCAGCCUCCCACAGAGCCCGAUGCUGGACCUCCGAGUUAUUCGAAGCCCGGAUGGAGACGACGUAGACGUGGUCCCGAUGGGAUACAACCUCGGGCACGACCUGGGAGAUUUCCUGAAAUGGGAGGCAGAACAUGCGUACGCCGGGGACUUUUACUAAGGCGUCGAUUUGGGUUUGGCCCUCUCCACAACGUUUGCAUUAUUUGGAAAGCAAUGGGAUUAUACCAUGUUUUCCGAACACUACCUAAUACCUGCCACGAGAGAGGCUGGGUAUGGGUUAGAAAUGAGUUUUACGUUGGACUGACUAACUACUAUCGCUAUCACUACUACUUACUACCUGUUCAUUUGUCGUUAUACCAUUGAUGUUUUUUUUCUCUCAUUUUUCAUUGGAGGGGGCGUUUGGGAGGCACGCUCUCUAUUCAAAACGAAUUAUUCAAGGAUCGGAUUACUUAUUGGAUUAAGCGGAGCGCGGCGCUGGGAACGAUUUGGCUAUUUUAUUUUAUUCCUUCUUUUUUUGUUUCUUAUUCGAUGCGAACAAAAUCGGAUGUACUUUUAUAGUUGUGCAACCAGGAACUGUAAAUGUGUUAUACUGGGGAUCUAGGAAGGCUGGUCUUAG